UAAGGCUGGAGCAGCCACCAUUUUGCAUGUCUGGUGUGUUCCUCCCUCCAUCGCUCAUAGAGACGAUCCCAGUCCUUUUCUGGCAUCAGUACGGCUUAGAAUGCCAGCUCCGAUCAGACUGCGGGAGCUGAUCCGGACCAUCCGGACGGCACGGACCCAGGCAGAGGAGCGCGAGAUGAUCCAGAAAGAGUGUGCUGCUAUCCGUUCAUCCUUUAGAGAAGAAGACAACACAUACCGUUGCAGAAAUGUGGCGAAACUCCUCUAUAUGCACAUGUUGGGCUACCCAGCACACUUUGGACAGCUGGAGUGUCUGAAGCUGAUCGCCUCCCAGAAGUUCACUGACAAACGAAUAGGUUACUUAGGAGCUAUGCUGCUGCUGGAUGAGAGACAAGAUGUUCAUCUUCUAAUGACUAAUUGCAUUAAGAAUGAUUUAAAUCACAGCACGCAAUACGUCCAGGGCCUGGCUUUGUGCACUUUAGGCUGCAUGGGUUCUUCAGAAAUGUGUCGUGACCUGGCAGGGGAAGUGGAGAAGCUUCUCAAAACAUCCAACUCUUACUUGAGGAAAAAAGCAGCACUGUGUGCAGUUCAUGUGAUCAGGAAGGUCCCGGAACUGAUGGAAAUGUUCCUACCAGCCACAAAAAACUUGUUGAGCGAGAAGAACCAUGGUGUUCUGCAUACAUCAGUUGUUCUCCUCACUGAGAUGUGUGAAAGAAGUCCAGACAUGCUGGCCCACUUCAGAAAGCUGGUUCCACAGUUGGUGAGAAUCCUGAAGAACCUAAUAAUGUCUGGAUACUCUCCUGAGCAUGACGUGUCAGGCAUUAGCGACCCUUUCCUGCAGGUGCGGAUAUUGAGACUACUGCGGAUUUUAGGCAAGAGUGAUGAUGACUCCAGUGAAGCGAUGAAUGACAUUCUUGCACAGGUGGCAACAAACACAGAGACGAGUAAAAAUGUAGGCAACGCAAUCCUGUACGAGACUGUGCUGACUAUUAUGGACAUCAAGUCGGAAAGCGGACUGAGGGUUUUGGCCAUUAACAUACUAGGUCGCUUCCUUCUAAACAACGACAAAAAUAUACGAUAUGUGGCAUUAACAUCUCUACUAAAGACGGUGCAGACAGACCACAAUGCAGUGCAGAGGCAUCGGAGCACAAUUGUGGAUUGUCUAAAAGAUUUGGAUGUUUCCAUCAAAAGACGUGCAAUGGAACUGAGCUUUGCCCUCGUGAACGGCAACAACAUUAGAGGCAUGAUGAAAGAGCUGCUCUACUUCCUAGAUUCCUGUGACCCGGAGUUCAAAGCAGACUGUGCAUCGGGAGUCUUUUUAGCUGCUGAGAAAUAUGCCCCUUCGAAAAGAUGGCACAUAGACACCAUCAUGAGAGUACUGACAACAGCGGGGAGCUAUGUUCGAGAUGACUCCGUCCCCAACCUCAUCCAGCUCAUCACCAACAGUGUGGAGAUGCAUGCCUACACAGUACAGAGACUUUACAAGGCUUUGCUGGAUGACAUCUCACAGCAACCUCUGGUGCAAGUAGCGUCAUGGUGCAUAGGAGAGUACGGAGACCUGCUAGUGUCAGGGCAGUGUGAGGAGGAAGAGCCCAUUCAGGUGACGGAGGAUGAAGUUCUGGAUGUGUUGGAAGGCCUUCUGGUAUCCAAUCUGUCCGCACCUGUCACCCGAGGUUACUCACUUACUGCGAUAAUGAAGCUGUCUACUCGUUUCAGCGGUGUAAACCGAAUCAAGAAGGUGGUUUCGAUAUAUGGCAGCAGCAUUGACGUUGAACUUCAGCAGAGAGCUGUGGAGUACAAUGCGCUUUUCAAGAAGUACGACCACAUGAGGCCAGCUCUCCUUGAACGAAUGCCAAUUAUGGAGAAAACGGCUUCUAAUGGCCCAUCAGAAAUUGUCCAGACAAAUGGAGAGACAGAGCCAUCUCUUGUGGAACCGAAACAUCCACCGCUUGUAACCCCACCAACCAACCAGGCUAAUGAUUUGUUAGACCUGUUGGGUGGUAAUGAUGUGGUGCCAGUAAUCCAGACCACCACAAUGCCCACCAAGCCUGCCUCAGCUGGAGGAGAGCUGCUUGAUCUACUGGGCGACCUCUCACUAAGUGGUGGUCCAGCUCCUGCUCCUGCCCCUUCAGGACCCACUUCCCAACCUGCUUUUCUCCUGGAUGGGCUCUCUUCACAACCACUGUUUAAUGACAUCGCAGCUGCAGGCAUCCCUCCAAUGACAGCAUACAACAAGAAUGGACUGAAAAUAGACUUUACAUUUGAAAGGGCGAACCCCAACCCAAAUAUCGCAGUCAUCACCAUCCACGCAUCCAAUUCUACAGAGACAGACAUGACCGAGUUUGUUUUUCAGGCUGCAGUACCAAAGACAUUCCAGCUGCAGCUCCUCUCCCCUAGUAGUAACAUCGUCCCAGCGCUCAACCAGGGAACUGUCACACAGGUCAUCAGAGUCCUCAAUCCACAGAAGCAACAACUACGAAUGAGGAUCAAGCUGACGUACACCCACAAAGGCUCGGCUGUGCAAGACCUAUCUGAGGUUAAUAACUUCCCUCCCCAGUCGUGGCAAUGAUGAUCCGCUGCUGUCGCUCCUUACAGUCCCACCAAGGGAACUAUGAACACGAUUUUUCCUUUCACCUCCCACAUUUCUUCCAACGGAUCCCCCUGUGAUGUCACUGCAGACCGCUGCCCUUGAGUUGCAUGGGAAGCAGCAGAGCAUUGAACACAGGAGAAAUAUACAGAUGUUACAAAGACCCUGUUGACAUUACCAGAAAAAUUGGGAAAACAUAUCAAUCAAUGAACUUUCUCUUUUUCUUUCUUGAUUGGUUUCCAUGAUCUCUUUUCUUAGUAAUCUGUACUAUUUUUCCCAGACACGCACACUCUCACACUCUGUUCAGCACCAUUACAACACAUGGAAGCACGCAUGUGCAUUCACUGUGACUCACUUUGCCUCGCAGGUUACUGUAGAGAAAAGUGUUGCACACUGAGCGCUGCAGUUACCAUGGUUUCAUGUUAAAAUGCAGUUGAGGCACUUUGCUCAGUUGUUGAUUGUGAUUGGCUUUGCAUUCGAAGUUUUCACGUGACCAUCAAUCCGAUGAUGGCGGCAGGAAAAGCUUUGAAAAGUCUUUUUAGUGCAGUCAGAGACGUGUUGGCUAACCUUUAGUUUUUUGUCCCGUCCUCCCCCUUUCAUCCUCCACGUCUUGAGUGAUAUAACUUAUCAAAGUUGUAUUCAUCUUGAAUUACAUUAAUUUGCUUAAAGCAUGUUUGAGCAUUGCUGGGGUAACUGUAAUACCAGGACUUGAAGUAUAAAGGAGAUUUUCUAAUUCAUAUAGUAGGCCUCUUUAUCCUGUUUAUAUAGGAAAACAUCUGAAAUUGUUUUGUCAUAGUGAUGAGAACGUCAACAGACCCGAGAUGCCCACCUUGAUCACCUGUGGCUACUUUCAGAGAGCAUUCUCAGAUAUUUAAUUUUUGUUUUUGUAAGCAUCUAUCUCAUCUGUAGGAAAGUGACAACAUGUAGAUCUGUAUAUUAAACACAAGUUAAUUGUUAGCUUGAGCAUAUUCACUCAUGUGGAUGGAUAUAAUCCAGCUCAAACUUAUAUGAACACAGGUUGAUUGCAUUUGUGUUAGAAAUCUGCAUUUUCAACUUUUCCUGCAUCUGUAUCAUCAGUCUGGCUUGCGAUUUAUUUACAUCUCAGAUUUGUUUUAACCUGGUUGUACUUGGUCACCAUGCACAUACAUGUAAAUUAAGCUUGUUAUGAAUGUAGUUACAUGCACUGAAACCUUUUUUUCUCCCCUCCUUAUGUCUUCUUUUCAUGUCUUCUGUGAUGAGGGCACUCAUCUUAAUGGCACUAUUUUUUGUGAAAAUAGGUUUUUAUUUCUGCAGUAAUUUCAUUUAAUUUAUGCCUGGUAUCAAAGUGAUGUGCCUUUCUGACUUGGAUAGAUAAAAGCCCCAGAACUGUCAAGUUUUGUAUGAGCUUCAUUUGCAAAUCUGAUGGUGUGAUGAGGAUGGUGUUCUCAGUCUGAGGGAAAGGGUUUCCAGAGAUUUGAAUUUGUAAAUUACUUAAUCUGAUUUUCAUUCCUGUAUGAGUUAAUCUACCAUCUGCACUGGCCCACAUGGAUGUCAAUAGCAACGCCUUUGUCUUUGAUUUGGUAAAAGCGUAAAUUAUAGUUAUGUGAAUGAUUAUUUCUUUGUUGUGUGGCAGAUUUCCAUUAAAAUACAUGUUGGAUGAUAUAAGUCCUAUUGAUGAAGCCUAUAAACAAAGGAAAAUUCAAAGAUAAUGGCAGCUAAAGAUGUAAAUUUCCAUAAGAUGGCAAGAAGAAAACAAAAUCUUCAAAAUUAUUAUAAAUGUCCCUUCCCCACCUCUGCAUCAAUUAACAGAUAUAAAAUCGUAAAUCUGGAUCCCACAAAGAGGUACUGGAACAAAUUGUUCUGUAUUGACUGUUAGAUGAUUUGAGCACGACUUAUACACACUCGUCUCCUCCAAAUCAGAGUUGCAACCAUGCUGUCGGGGACAGUAACAUUAAUACCUCACAGUGCUCUUUAUUUCUGUUAGCUUUCAGUGGCGACGGAUUUGACAGCUUGGUUUGAGCCAUGAUUUGCAAUCACGGGGAGCAUCUGCAUGAGAGAAACUAAUGGUAGCUUGUGCAUCUCAUUACUUAACCUAAACACCCUCGCCGUGCCGUGUAGAGAUCCUCAGAUGUUCAGUCAGGCUGUUUAAUUCUUUUCACUAUGCUUCACUAUCUUCUAACUUCUGUGACCAAAUCAGAGUGACUAUUAGCUUUGAAAAUAUUUUUGAGCUAUAUGUGUAUAUGGAGAAAAUUAUUUCAUUUGAACUUUGUUCUGUUGUUGACAAAUGCUAUAUUGGCUUUUUUUCUGUACAUAUUGAGGGCUUUUACAAUUUUGUCUCUUGUACUAUCUUUCAUCCUUUUUUUAGAUGCCAUUUUUCUAAAAAACAAACAUAAAAAUCAGUUACUCACACUGUAAAUUGUCCAAAUAGAUUUAGUUGGCAUGAGUCUAUUGAGACUUCCUUGUAUCAUCACUCAUUCGAUGUAAAAGAUAUAUGAUCUGCUGCCUGUACAUUGUACAUAGUUGUAAAACAAACGCUGAUCAGAUUAAAUAAAACCCACUUAAAAGAUUAGCUAGAAAGUAUAACUGUAUGCAUAUAUGUACAAAAAGAAUCUUAGGAGGAUGCAAUUGAGCUGCGUUUUGUUUAGUAUUUGUCAUACUUCAUUCUCAGUUAGUUGGUCAUCUUUAUAUUAAGUCAGUAGAGGAUGUAGUCGGAUUUCUUUUGGAUGUUCAAACAAGCACGACAUCUGUUUUACAGAUGUCAUUUGAAAUGAUAACGUGUACUACUGAGUGAAAGCACAGAGCUGUGCAGCAGCGGAAGCAGCACCCAGCUUCAUUUGCUUCCCUGGUCCUCAAACGCCUCGUAGAACUCUUGCUCUCUUGAUGAGGAGCAGCUCUCUUCCCAAGAUCCAUCUCUUAACAUCUGGCCUUAUAUGCACUCUUGACAUUUUCUUCAACCCACAAAUUGUCCGAUGAAGUGAUGCCAGUUGGGGUGUGUGUGUUUGUGCGUGUGUGUGUGUUCUUUUAGUUGCGUCCGGUUACAUUUUGGUCUGCCUCAUAGCACCGCUGGAUCAACCAAGGACACUAUGCUCUGAGGUUUCCUCACUGAUUUGUGUUGUUCCCCGCUGUGGCCACCGGAUUUAAACUUCUUCUUUUUUUUUUAUUUUGCUUUUAUUUGACUCCCUCCAGGAAAUGAACUAGUAGGAUAUUUUCUACUUGCUCAGUGUUUUCAGACAGGUCCCUGAGUGAACAAUGCACUGCUUUUUCUCCCCUUUUUCUUUUGCAAAUGUAUCACUGAAAUAAUUUGCAUGAGACAAUUUCAAUCUAUAAUUUAUACUCCAACCUGAAAAAUGUCAAGAAAUUGAUUGAAAUUCAACAAUACAUGACUGUAAAUCAUAACAGGAUAUGACAGAUUAAGACAGUUUUCUUUGUCAGGGCAUUUUAGGUCUCGUUUAAUCCACUUUAUCAAAACAGACGUUGGGAAAAGUGUGUGCUGAAAGCGUGUAAUCACAAGGGGGAGCUGUGCAAAGUGGAAUGCUGGAUGGAUGAGAGGAAGUUUCAUACAUCUAUUCUUGAAUGUUUUCGUGUGGUUUGUAUUGUCUCAUUCAACCUGUGUGUAACAUUAUUAAUCACAUCAGAUCGUUUCUGUCAUGAUGCUUUUUAAAAUAUACAAAUGGAAAUGAGCCCAACAUAUAAGUGCUUUGUACACUAAUGUAGGACGAAGAGAUGGAAAAAUAAGGCCCGUCACUUGUGUGUGUGUGUGUGUGAGUGAGUGAGAGUGUGUGUGUGUGUACCAAAGAGAAGAUAAUCAGACUCGAUAGUACGUUGUGGUGUACGAUUUGUCUUCUUUCUACAUGGGACAUAAUUUUUGGCUGCAGUUUCAGCUUUUGAGCCGCAUGUGAAAAACGGUGUAAAUAACUUCAUUUCUACUCUUGACCUCAAACUUUUUUUUAAAAAUGCAAUAGAAAUUCAAAUAUUAAAAUCUGCCACCUUUUCUUGGGUCAGUGCUAACGUGUAUGAUUAGAAGCUGUUCAGAAAGUGGUCAACAAUACUGCUCCUGUUUUUAAGAGGCUGCUGAAAGUGCUCAUUAGUCAUCCGGAUUACGGGGAUGUUUGAUUUUCGUCUUUUGCUGGGAUAAAGUCAUUGUGUAAAGGGCUUGGAAGAGUUUCUGAAUGAACAUGUUCCUCUCCCCAGUUCAAUCAAAGUCCACUGUAUUUUGAAGAAGAAAAAAAAGUAAUAAUAUGUAAAACCCCCCUGCAAGCCUGCAAGCUGUCCUGAAAGAAAAUAAAACUGUAUGAGUUUAUUUCAGGGGAAGUCGAAGGUAUGAAGUUCACUUUUUUUUUUUCUGUCAGGUUUGACAUGGACUUUAUCCCAGUUUCAUGGCUUCAAGGAGGGUGUGAAUGUCAGAUUGAAAACAUGAAGUGACUAAAGAUGAGAAGUUGUAAACUAUUAAAUGGGAUAUUUUCAAUUUA